GUAAAGAAAGAUUGAUACAAACAUUUUUGAAGCUGUAUAAUUAAUUUUUUAUGCUAUAUCUAUCUUUUUUUUUAGGAUUGAAUGGUACUAAAGAAUCAGAUGAUAACCAUCAAAAAGGAUCUAACCCAAUUGAAAGUCCUGAUCAAGCCUAUGAAAAGAUUUCUUCAUUUGUUGAUAAGAUGAAUAAUUUGGAAGAACGUCUCCUAACAUUAAAAAAAGAAAAAGAAAGUCUUUCUAAAUUAGAAGAAAGUCUUAUAGCAGAUAUGAGUAAAAUUCAGAAAGAAUUGCUGAAAAAGCAAUCUCCAUCUACAUGAAGAAUCUGUAUGAUUAAUAUCAAAGAUACUUGUGUAAAUAUUUAUUAAUCAAUUUAUUUGCCUUUUGGCUAAAUGACGUUAUAUUAUUUUAUCAUUUGAAUAAAUUAUCUGCAAUUGCAUAA